GGCGCUGGGCGGCUACGUGCUCACGUCCGCGCUGCUGCUGCGGCUGCCGGGGCUGCUGCACCAGAGGAAGAGGCCGCGAUUCACGUGCAGACACAUCUCGCACAGGGGCGCACGGCACGUGGAAUGGAACGUCGGACAAACGUCACACGACCCAAGAGAGAUAAUUCACAUUUUGUAUAAUCAUCUUCGUCACCAUCAUUGACGUCGGCCUACAAUAUGAACGGGUCGUAUAUAAUUGGCCAUGGUCUAUCCACUGCUGGAUAUAGGACUCCCCAAAUCCGGUGGCGUACCUCGCAGUCCUGUGGAGAAUUAUGGGAUUAAUGGGAUUUGCUACACACAGUGUGUCUCGCUAACUCCACAAAAGCACGCUUCGUUAUAAAUAACAACAAGAACAAUGUUCUUUCCCAAAGUGGAAUAUUAAUUCGCACAGGUAUGAGUAUCAGCUUCUGAAUUGGAGAUCCAAAUGUGGUCGGAUGAGAUGGGGAAAUGCAUCAAAUACGUGUGAUACAGAAACAUGUGACACAGCCGAUGCGUAAAAAAACACAUUUUUGUAAAAAAAAAUAUGAAUGGUUUCUGCCGAAUGUUGACGCAGAUUUAGGUUUACGUCCACAUUUUGUGGUGGCAAGACGUUAACUACCUCGCCUGGUUAGCAGGAGGUUGUGGGUUCGAUCCCGACCCUGAUGCCUGCUGUAUAUUUGGAGUUUUCAUGUCCUCCUCGUGAUCACGUGGAUUUUUCUCCGGGUCCUCCGGUUUUUCCCACCACAUUUAUUUAGAAUCAACAUGUGUUUAGAGUAUUUGGCUGCGAUCACUUUCCACGUGAUAAGCCAUUUCGUUGAGCUAUCAUUUGUGGCCAGAUCCAUUCUAAAAAAAAGAGCUAUAUAACUCUGGGCCUUUCCUGGUAAAAUAAAAAUCUAAUAGUUUGAAUACUUUUAAUACAGGAGAGUGAACAAUGGGGAUUUUCCUGAGCUCCAUUCCCUUUUCGAACUGGCACUUGCCAGUACAGUAUUGGUGAAGUAUGGUCAAGCAUCCCCCAUGAUGGAAGAGGCCAACAGAGUGACAGCCAAGGGGAGGGAGUGGCGCCUGAGGAGCCGGAGAGAAUUUAGAAAACACCAUGACAGCGUUCAAGCACGCGGUGGCGCUGGGCACGGACAUGCUGGAGCUCGACUGUCACCUGACCCAGGACGACGAGGUGGUGGUCGUCCAUGACCAGCGCCUCAAGCGUCUCUGCGGUUUGGACGCCAAAAUCUCCGACCUCCGUUACGCCGACCUGCCUUGCUACCACUCCAGCCUUGACGUCACCUUCCAACCAAAGUGCUGCUGCGUGGGGACAGGAGACACGCGCAUCCCGCGCCUUCGGGAGGUGUUCGAGGCCUUCCCCGACACCGUCAUCAACGUGGACAUCAAAGUGGAUGACGACAAACUCAUAGACAAGGUGUCGGAGCUGAUCAGGACGCACAGUCGCGAGUCCCUCACCGUGUGGGGCAACGCGAGCGACGUCGUCAUCAGGAAGUGCCACAAAGCGAACCCGGACGUGGGCAUCCUCUUCAGCAUGAAGCGCGUGGUCGUGCUGCUGCUGCUCUUCUACACGGGGCUGCUGCCCUUUGUGCCGCUGUCCGAGGGCUUCCUGGAGAUCCCCAUGCCCUCCAUGGUGCUCAGAAUUGCCGACGAAAAGUCGACGUCCAAACUCCACCGCUGGGUGCUGAGGCUCGCGGACCGGAUACUGAUGAGCAAGAUUCUUUUCAAACACCUGGAGCGCAGGGGCAUACAGGUGUACCUCUGGGUCCUCAACGACGACGAGGACAUUGAGCGAGCAUUCCGCCUGGGCGCCACGGGGGUCAUGACGGACUUCCCCACCAAGCUCAAGCACUUCCUGGAGCAGCAUCCCGAGUACUGCAAGUGAUUAAGUGGGGGCGGGGGGGCGGUGUGCAGCCUCGUGCCCUCCCUGCCCCCCCCCUCCCGCAACACCCGGUUGGACUCCCAGCUUCACAGGUUGACCGGUGUCAAAAGAGGGAGGGAGUAGGUGGCAGGGAGGUGGAGGGCGGUUCUUACAUAGUAGGGCUUAAUUCAUGUUCUUGUUGUUGUUCCUGUUCACUGAACAAUGUUCUCGGUUGCUUGGUUAAGAUAGGAGUGGGUGGCACGUGACUGCCAGGAUCCACGGCCGUAGUGAGUCGUCGUAAUGUUCAAUGUGGUGUGCCGGGUGCAGAAAUAUAUUUUUUCCGGAUAUUGUAGGCUUGCGUAGAGACACACAGACCCAUUGAGACCCAUAAACACACAAAUAGAGACCCCCCCAUGUACUCCCUGAGAAGGCCCACAGUCUCACGCAGAGGCUUAAUUUCUCACUCGAUAUUUUCUGUGUCGCUGGUAGACCGGUGGAGGUGGUGGUAACGUGACUCAUAGUAACCACAGCCAUAGCAAGAGGUGUAUUGGAUGUGGCGUGCUGGGAUGCAGAAAUACCUUCUGGCUCGCCGACCCAAACACACCCAGAUGAUAUCCCUCCGAUGCGUUUUCCCGGAUCGAUCCGCGCGUCGUUCGGCACGAUGUCCAACACUUUGUUCCACGCGGAACGGAUCGUCGGACAGCGCACGGUGCGCCGAACAAAACGCGGAACAACCCGGAGAACACAUCGGAGAGCCGGCAGAGCACGACCGGCAAGACCCAGGUGAAACUAUGCCCAGGUGCCCGAGCGUCCGUGACCGCUGGUGUUCCGGUGGCCCAUGCCGCUCUCCCGUCACGGCCGUCCGUCGUGACGUUAGCACCGUGUGUUGCUUCACGCUCAUUAUUUAUUCGUGCAUCCAGCUCGGUAGCGCUGCGUUUUGUCUCGGCCAUGGGUCCGAACCGCCUUUUCUUGUAACCGUGGGUGGCGCUGUGCAUUUAACGAGUCCUUAAUCAAAACCUGAUGAGUUGUUUUGAGUCGGUUGUUGAUUCCGAUUGACCUUUCCUGCCUCGUUUUUACCGUCUUGUUUGUAUUGUCAUGGGACCUCCUUUGCCAGUACCAAAAUAUAAGAAUAGGUUUUCCCCUUUUUUUCUGGCAACAAAACAGGUCUUAAAAUGUGAAAACACCAAACUGAAACCUUUUACAAGGAAUCAUGUCUGCAUUAACCAUUGUGGUUAAUGCAGACAUAAUUCCUUGUUUGUAUCAAAACUGUCGCGUUACGGGAAGGGGGGGGGGGGGGAGAAAACCACGCAACACAAACACAACCAACGCAAGUAUUUUUUAACGAAUGUUGCAAUUCUGCUUCACGGAUUGGAAUGGCGGUCGUAAAAUGUGCGGUGCGUGUGGGACGGGUAUAAUGCCACUAGUCAAAGUAAUGUAUUUGGAUGUGAUGAAGUACAAACGUCUCGAAUUGUAUCUGCUGUGUUUCAUGACAUACUUGAGUGGGGGGGCAGUUGAGUGUCUGCUCGCCCACGAUUUGAUGCAACGCGUUUACCUGCUGCGAGGUUUUUGAGCGAAAAUGAAAACUGACUUUUUUUUACAAAACAUGUUUUUAAUGUUUUUUAAUUUACCCCUGGAAGGAUUUUGGGCGACAUUUUUUUUCUAAUCAGCUGAAGGAUUUACGUCGCUUGCCUGUUUGCUUGAACAACAAGAACAAAAUAACAGUACAUUUCACAUCGCGUAGAUUUGCUCGGAAUUCCUUUCAGUGAACUAUUUUGCACAAUAGAGAUGUCAUUACGAAUAUACGCGUGCGCUCACUCAUAGCUUGCACAGGUCGCAUAGUAACGAAAUGUUGGUGUUUUAUUGCGCACAAACAUGUAAACGUUUUGGAGAUGCAACAUGUCCCUUAACCUUCGUUCGGGCGGUUGGUAACCAUACUUAUGAUAACUUCAAGAUAGUUUACAAACGCGCGUUUGUGUUUUACGUUUGUGCUUUAAUUAAAAAAUUAACAACGUAGUGCUCUCAUUUUCUUUGGAAUGUGUCGCCGUGUUGUAGGGUUAAUAUAAUUAUACUUUAAUUUUAAAAAGUACACGAGAGGUGUUAUUAGUAUAAGAGAGAGGUGGUGUCAGUACACGAGAGUGGUGUGUUUAUUAUUUUGGAAAAUUUAUUUUGUACAGAACCAAGAGGUUAUGUGCUGCUACUGCUGCUCUAUGCCUGUAACUUCCCACUGCUGGACAAAGCACUCCCCCCCACCUCCGCCUUAUUGUCAUCCGUGAUUCCUUCUUUUCCCCAGUUGCUUCUGUCUCGGCAGUGACCUCCGAACUCGUUAACCCGGCCAGGUGACUCAAGUCAGAAGGUCGCACGUCCAGUUCGUGCUGGCAGGUUGACUCGGCCCAACGUAACGCCGUGGUCGAUUACAAUUCCGUACCACUCUGUGGGGGGGGGGGGGGGGGGGGAGUUCAACAGUGAUCAUCCUAUGGAUUUAUACUUGUCCCCGCCCCCGCCAUAGGAAUGUGGAAUUGGCACCACUGGCUUCGGAGCUGUGAACGAGAGAUGAGCACCUCCCUGAUGGCUCAAUCGAGCGUGGCGUCAGUUUUUACUCUAUUCACUUAAAAAAAAUAAUAAGUUUCGUGAUGUGCUCAGUACCACAGUAAUGUAUUUACCGUGUAACAGGAAACUACCUUCGGAUCAUCACAAUACUGUACAGCAGAACCUGGAUAUAAGCACACCCCUUCUGAGCUAGGCCAUGUGUGCUUAUAUCUGGCGCCGUGGUCUUGUAUCAGAAGUUGCCCUUUGCCCCCCCCCCCCCCCACCAGUGUCAUGUGUGUUGCUUAUAUCAGAGCUGUGCGUUUUACAAGGUGUGCUUUGUCUAUUAUAUAUACGUGGCUAAUAUGUGUUUUCGUAUGUUUGUCCAGGUAAUUAAUCUUAGACCCUCCCCACCAGUGUUAAUUCAACGAUGAGUCGUCUGAAGGUUUAUGAUGUGUAGUUUGUGUGAACAGGGUCAGAAUUCCAUAAAAAUGUGUGACCUUUUGAUGCGAUUAUUGAGUUUAUUUGCCCCGGUGCUGCUGUGUUUUUUUAUCUGAUCAACUAAUUAAAAUAGCAUCGCGCCUUAUGGCAUCCGCAUUUCAACAUCAUCCAGCAGGCAGAUAUGUGCAGGAGCAAAGAUACCCACAAAAAAAACUGAACUAAAAUUUUUAUUUUACCAGAUAAGGCUCACUGAGCUAUAUAGCUGGGUUUUUUUUCAGAAGCGGCCUGGCCACACACACGGAUAGCUUAACGAGAAGUGGCUUAUCACGUGGACAUUAUUUUAUAGCAGCCAAAUACUCUAAGCGCACGUUGAUUCUAAAUGUGGAGGGCAAGAACCCUCGAAGGAAAUUAUUAUUAUUAGAACAUGUUUGCAAAUUUAAAUUUUAGCACGAGUACGUGCCCCUUAUGUAGAACAAUGAUGCCUUGUAAAUGUGUGUCUGUUUUGGUGUUUGGAAAUCUUAACAAGCUGUAUUUACCCUUUUCAUGAUAAUAAAUACUUGGUGAAAUUGAGUCCAUCGCUGAAUUAUCAUCGUUUAGAACGUGACGGGCUUCUUCCCACUCGUUAAACACAAAGUAAUCGUUGGGGCUUCUAUACUUGUGUAAUGUGAGGCUAUAUCCGGCUCACUGACGUAUCACAACUCGUCAUGAUGAUUGGCUCUGCCGGUCCUGGUCUAUAGCCAAUGGGGGGGAAGCCUAGGGGCGUGGCCCUGAUGUAAUGGAAAGGUGACAGCUGUAAGGAUUGGUUCUGCUGGCUUUGGCCACAGCCAAAGGGGAGAUGAGUCAGGGGCGUGGUCCCGAGAACUUACGAGGGAGCCUGGAAUAUUCCAUGAAGGCUAACCAGGACUGGUGGAAACGUACCACGUGACCCGGGUAUUAAAUAAGGGUGGAGACGAACGACACGUGGUCAGAAGGGGAACGAAGGGGGCCACGCGGGAGCGGGGCUCCGGGUUGCCAUGUGGUAGUGCGUCUCUCUCUCUAUCUGUCCCUCUCACGCUGCCUGUCAGCAGCAUGAAGGAAAGCUGUAAUACAAGUUGAAUAAAAGACGGAUUCCAGAAGUCGCCUCAAUGACCUUUAUUACACUUGGUGAAUGUCCUUUUGUACAGCUCAGAGGCUGGUGGCGUGAGAAUAAAAGGACUCGUUCCAACGCCUUGUCACA